UAACAAGCGCCAUGAACACACGUGGACCACACCUCACACUUCGAUGCAUCGUCACCAUCACUGGCGAUUAUAGAUGGCAUUCCAACUUGAACCUGACAUCGUGAAAUGCAUCCUCACAUGGGUACCGGACUUCGAAAGUCUAACGUCAGUGGUGUUAACCUCGAAGGCUAUCUACGAUGUCUAUCGUGCACAUUCCGCCCUGGCUCAUCGAGGGGUGGCCAACAAUCUUCUCGGCCCAGCCUUGCCCCAUGCGCUCCGUUAUAUCAGAUGCAACAGGAACUGUUUGGAGAAUAGGCCUGUCCGGGAGUUUCUUGCUGAGAAUCAACUUCAAAACAGCUACCCUCUUUCGAAUGACGAUAUUCGUGGCCUGGCUAAAAUCGCCUCACAAAUCCAAGAGCUCGAAGACAUAUUCAGCUGGAGAGAAAAAAAUAAUCAAUUUCGAACGACUCGACUCUCUGCUGCAGAGUCGUACCGCUUUCGACGUGCCUUGCUCAGAAUGUGCCUACUGGCUUGUCUUCAUGCGACCACCGGCCACCGACAUGAUAAUGAGACAGAAGACAGAAUCAGAGAAAUGCAGCGGCAGUUUUUCGACGCAUUACCCACCCCCGAGCUCAAAGAGAUCAAGAGGUUAAAUACCUUCCUUGGCCGCCUGGCCCAGUGGGCUUCCAAUGCUUAUUCCUUUACCAAAAUCGGUGGCAGCUAUCUGUCUCUACUUGACAUGUUUUUGGGCGCUUAUAGCGGCAAACUGUCCCAACCUGCUGCUGACAUGUACGACAUUCCACAAGGUCUGAAUGACUUUCUCUUCCUUGCUCUGGACGACGUCCUUUUGAGUCGGAAUCUGCGUAAGGACAUAGCGGAGGAAACUAUACUCGACCAAGCACCGGUGGACAUCUUCGAAUGUUAUCACUGCCAUUCGAAGCUUUUGAGGAAAUUUCUUUGGGGUCCAACAGACUGGGAAUGCCUCCGAGGUUAUGUAAAUCCCGAUUGCAUGCGUUCAUUCUUGAAGGGUCGCCUAUCCGGAUACAUAAGGGAGGCAGAUACUUUCCAUGAUGUUUGGAGGAAGCACCCGUACGAUUUGCUGAUAAGCGAGGUCUUCUAUCACACCAACACACCAUAUGAAUUCUUACUCUGUAUGGAGUGCCUCUGUCGAUUCCUGAGUGAUCACCUGCACAAGUGGUACAUAGUGUGGAAACGAAAGCAUGCACUACCUCUUCAAACAAGUGACUGCUGGUACGGCUACAACUGCAGGACUCAAACGACCAACCCGUCGCAUGCUGCAACGCUCAACCACUGGUGCGAACCAACUUGUGGUGAUCCAGUGCCGAGCAUUGCGAAGCCGCCUUUCAAGGCAGAAUUUUGAGUUGCCAUUAU